GCCGCAUCCGUUCGACCAUCCAUUCAGAAGCUCGGGUCCCAAGUCCAGUAGCGAGAAAUGCAUUCAGAGGGCAUAGCAUACAAGGAUUGGCGUGUGGGGUGGGGGGUGGGGUGGAGUGGAUUCCAUUGGAUAGAUAGACAGGCAGACCAACCGCAGCGAAUGGUAAGAGCCGAUACAUUGAUACAUCAUGAGACAGACAGACAGACAGACAGACAGAGAGACAGAGAGACACACAGAUCGGCCUAUGUGCUGCCCUGCACGCUCUGACAAAUCACUGGAUGGAGAAAAAGAUGGCAGGCAGGCAGGCAGGCAGGCAGCCUCUCCCCUCUCUCUCUCCCUCUUCCCGAUGUACGCAUCUCAUCACCCACUCGCUGUGCACCAACCCAGCCGCCCCCCCACCAUCCCACCCACAUAUAUCUCCCUGAUCGCAAUCAGAUCUCCCACACCGGCUUGUUGGCGUCAGUGGUUUUCUUGGCCUUCUUCUUCUGCACAACACGACGCACAGCACCUCGGUACAGUGUGUUGCCAUGUGUGUGCCAUCUGUGUGUGCGUACGUUUCUGUCGAGGUAUUUGUGUAUGUGUGUCUUGAUGGCGUUGGUCUUGGCCACGUCCAAAGGCGUCAGGCGCUCGUUGUCCUCCAUGUCAGCAAAUACCUGCUUGUCGGGAAAGUCAGACAGCAAACACUUCACCUACGCACCAUAGACACCAGAGAGGGAGAUCCAGAGACACGUGAUCAUCCCGCCAGCCUUCCUCUCCUCCUGUGUGUGACCGCGUCCUCUGCGCCACUUCGCGCCGCCAGGUGUAGGGGAGUCAACCUGCACGCAGCCACAGUGAUUGCGCGCGUCCAUAUGUCUACGAUGUGUCAUGUCUCCUCACUUACAGUGCGAUUGUCGGUUUGUUGAUGUCGGCCCCAUGGUCCACCAGCCACUUGAUGGCGCGGGGAUGGUUGCCGACGCACGCAAAGUGCAGUGCCGUGCGGCCCAACUUGGUCUCAGCAUUCACGUCAACACCUAACAAGAAUUAUAUGAAGCCACGUCUCAGCCCAUCAUCAGCCAGCCGACCGACCGACCAGCGCUGAGUGCGAGUUGAAUGAUGUCGACCUCCCCUUGCCAGGCGCCAUGGUGCAGCAACGUCUGAGUGGAGAGACAGACGCACACAUGACGGAACGCCCGUGUCCGCGCCGAAGCGCGCACGCACCAUCUCGCUCUCUGGGUCUUUGACGGAGAAAUCCACGUCAAAAGCCUGCAAUGCCCUGCGUUGCAGAACGGUAGGAAAAGAAGACAGUAAUCGAUCAGAGGGCCCAACAUGGAGGAGAGAGGAGAUUUCACACACCGGAUCUUCUCAAAAUCUGGCUUCUCCUUCGUGAUCUCCUGCAUCAACUGCACCCAUCCAUCCAUGCGCCAGCACAGACAGAGGCGCACACACGUACACACGCAAGAUUCCCCAGCCCCCAUGAAUGAAUGAAUGCUUUCUAUACCUGCCUAGUACCUACCUUCAUCUGGAAGCGUCUUGCGAGUGUGACGGACUGUCUGGCCUCCGACGAACGCUUCCCCCCCAUCGGACUCUGGGCCUCCUUGAUCAACUCCUCCGCCUCAUGAUCGAUCUCGUCGUCAUGACCCUCAUCCCCACCCUUGCUCAGACGUACACCUCGCAACUCCUCAGCGAUGAGCGACACAUCUGCUGCUGCCAUCCUCCCGACACUCAGCCUGCAUGCCAAGACAGACAUCGGUGGGAAAGACAGUCACUGACAGUCACUAACAUGGGGCCGUCAAGAAAGCGCGAAGGGCCUGCGUUUCCUCUCACCUAUGCGAUCAACGGGGGAAGUUGAUAUUCCUCCUCUCCUCUCUCUCUUUUCUUGGCUUCUUCUGCGAGCUAAGCUAGGGGGCCCCCAAAUGGCGAGAAUCGUCGCGACUUUCUGUCUCUGUCUUUCACUCCCUUUUCUUGUUCGUUUCUCUGCGUUCGCUCAGCCUGCUAUUUCUUUCUGCGUUUUCCACUCUGCAGCCACCCUGCCGCCAAAGGCCUCAGCGCCAGGGAUAAAGAAAGAGGCAGUCAUCCGACCUUGGGCGACGGCCACGUGAGCCUGAUGGAGCCCGCGAUGCCCGAAUGGAGGCGCGCGCCACCCGGCCUCAAGAGUGUCACGGUGCGCCAGCUGUAGCCAGCUGCUUUCGUCGGGCAAAGUUUCUCUGCGGACGCCUUAAAGGGUUGGAGGAAGGCAUUGAGGUACUCACGCACACGCCAUCGCUCCGUCGUGAGUGGCGUUUCAGGUCAAACACUCCGCCAGUGUGGUGAGCACUGUACUUAAACUCGCACAGUGUGAAGUUGUAGAGGGCAGAGAAGAUACACCGUGGUCUGGUGCUCUCCUCUUCUCUCUUGCCCUCUCUGCGGUUCUGCACGGCCAGCCAUGUCAGUGCCGAUUAGUGUCACAGGUCGCCUCCCUCCCCCUUGUCCCCGGCCGCCGCCGCCAAUCGAUAUCGACGCCGACAUCCACGUGGAAAAACACAAGACCGGUACGCAGGAGGGAGGGAGAGACGCCAUUCAACAAUCGGACGCGUGCAGAUUCAACUUGCACGGACAUGCCGCAGCGCCCGUGGGAAGGGCAGGAGAGCCAGGUGAGUAAGUGUCACACACACACACACACGCACACACAGAGAGAGAGAGAGAGAGAGACAGGAGUACGGCGUACGCUCCUCACCUGGGAUGGGCGUCUGUUCCAGAUGACCUCCACGUGGGAGGUUGAGCGGCGCCUGGCAGCCGUCUGUAUUGAACUGGGGAGUUCCCGAGGGGUGGAGAGAGAAGUCAUACAAUUGGACAGGAGGCAGGUCGGGGAGAGGGAGGAGCGGCGUGACCCCUGGAUGA